AUGAGCCACCGGUGUGAAAUCUUGGUCGGCGUUCUUCUGAUUUUCAACUUUCCCAGCCCAGGUUCAGUCUCUAAAGCCAUCGAGAUUGUCCGCAGUGACUUGGAUCCAGAGAUCAACCUGGACAUCCCCAAUUUUCAAAUGAGAGACGCUAUUGAUGACAUACGAUGGGACAAAGAAGGGAUCAUGGUUGCGCAAUUCAGAAAAGGCAGGAAACCUUCCCGGCAGAAUGAAACCUACGAGAUAUUAGCAAAUGGAACUCUGAAAAUUAAACAUCUGAAGGGAUAUUAUAAUAGUACCUACCGAGUAGUUGUAUAUGAUACAGAUGGAAAAAGGGUGCUGGAACAAUCAUUUGAUUUGAGGAUUCUAGAGAUGGUCUCAACACCCAAGAUCUCCUGGGAUUGUCACAGCACAAACCUGACCUGUGAGGUAAUAAAAGGAACUAACCCUGAAUUAAUUCUGUAUCAAAAUGGCAAACGGCUCACUCAAGGUCGUCUGAAGGUCAUUAGAUAUCAGUUGACCAACCUGAAUGCAGCAUUCAAGUGCACGGCAAGCAACAAAGUCAGUGAGGAGUCCACCGUGGCAGCCAUCAGCUGCUCAGGGGAAGGUCUGAACAGCUAUCUCGUCGCUGGCGUCUGUGCGGGAGGCCUGCUCCUGUUCUUCGUGGCGCUGCUCAUUUUCUAUGUCAGCAAGAGGAAGAAGCAGAACAGCAGGCGCAACGAUGAGGAGCUGGAGGUAAAAGCUCACAGAACCACCUCUGAGGACAGAAGCCCAAAGCCCAGCCAGAUCUCCACCUCACCUCCUCCAAAUGCAGCAGUUGCCCAACCUCCGCCACCUCCUGGUCAUCGUGUCCAGACACCUGGUCCUCGUCCCUUGCCUCCCAGCCAUCGUGUCCAGCACCAGCCACAGAAGAGGGCUCCCCCGUCAGGCACACAGGUCCGCCAGCAGAGAGGCCCUCCCCUCCCCAGACCUCGAGUGCAACCAAAACCUCCCCAUGGAGCGGCAGAAAAUUCACCGUCCCCUUCCUCCAAUUAAAACUGUCCUUUCCAAUGAAAAGGCUCUUUGGAGUUCUCAGCUCUGGGUGUGCAGGUCCACUUUUCCAUCAGACGUUGGCAACAUGUAAGACUUUGUCGCCUCCCUGGGUUUGCCGGCCAUGGUCCUGCUGUCUCUUUGUCACUCAGUCAUGUGGUUGAAGAUCCGAGGCCUCUUCAUAGAUCUGUGUCACCGAGAAGAGAGAAACAAUAGGAGUGUGAUUGUGAGGAUGAUUCAUGACAGUGCACAAAACCCUUGGCAAUCUCGUCUCCCUCUCACAUCCCAUGCAGUUACCAUAUGCCCGGGGGUUACUUGGGCUUGUGUCCCCUACAGGCCUCCCAUCUGCUCAAAGGACUUUCAGCUUUCUUCCGUGUCCUGGUGGACACUUGCUCCCCAUCCUUGACGAGGAGUGAAAUAACAGCUUGGCUUUGACCCUGGGGUCUGCUCACUGAAGGACACAGCUGGGUGUUACUCGGAGGAAGCUGCAGGAUGAGAA